AUGGGGAUUGAGAGAACAUUGGGUGAUAGAAAAGGAAGAGAUUUUUGUGAAUUGCAAAAGGAAACAAUUACUAACAGCAGGGCAAGGAGGAACCGGAGGCGUCAUAAGAUGCCGCCGGUUCAGAAACUUUUUGAGACUUGUAAGGAAGUCUUUGCAUCUUCUGGGACAGGAAUUGUUCCUCCAGCUCAGGACAUUGACAAGUUGCAAUCUGUUUUAGAUGGGAUUAAACCAGAAGAUGUUGACUUGCGACCUGAUAUGCCAUAUUUCUUGGCAAAUGCAUCUCAUAGAAGGCCAAAAAUUACAUACUUACAUAUUUAUGAGUGUGAGAAGUUCUCGAUGGGAAUAUUUUGUUUGCCACCAUCUGGUGUUAUUCCUCUACACAAUCACCCUGGAAUGACAGUUUUUAGUAAGCUACUUUUUGGAACUAUGCACAUCAAAUCAUAUGAUUGGGUUGUUGACUUGCCUCCUCAAUCUUCUACCAUUGUCAAAUCCUCGGAAAGCCAGGUUCCUGAUUUGAGGUUAGCGAAAGUAAAGGUUGAUGCCGAUUUCACUGCUCCUUGCAACCCUUCAAUCUUAUAUCCGGAAGAUGGUGGAAACAUGCAUGUUUUCACAGCAGUGACAGCAUGUGCAGUUCUUGAUGUUCUUGGUCCUCCAUAUUCUGAUAUUGAUGGCAGGCAUUGCACUUACUAUACCAAUUACGCUUAUUCCAACUUUUCAGUUGAGGGACCAUCCAUACCAGAAGAGGAAAAGAAUGUUUAUGAAUGGCUACAAGAAAAGGACCAACUUGAAGAUUUAAAAGUUGAAGGAAAAAUGUACAGUGGUCCAACUAUUGUGGAGAGCUAG